UAGCGGCCAUGCAGUUCAAGGCUCUUACCUUCGCAGCAUCCGCUGCUCUUGUCGCAGCCCAAGGGCCUGUAGCUCUCACUGAUGCUCUCACGAACACGCCGGAACUCUCCCAGCUGAAUCAGAUCUUGGGUGGAUUCCCAGACCUGGUGUCUUUGUUGGGAAAUGCCAGCAACAUCACCAUCUUUGCGCCUAAUAACCAGGCCUUCGAAGCUGCCUCAUCGGCGCUCGAAGCUCUCCAGGCCACUCCCGACGCCAUCUCGGCGCUGCUCACAUACCACGUUGCCAAUGGCUCCCUGAUGUCCGCAGGCAUCUCCGAAACACCGACCUUUCUGCCCACCCUUCUCGCAAAUGAGACCUAUACCAAUGUCACUGGUGGCCAAGUCGUCGGCGUCAGGACAGAGGGCGAGAAUGCGGUCGUUACCAGUGGUCUUGGUGGCACGGCCAAUGUCACCACUACAGAUAUUGCCAUCAACAAUGGAAGCACGGUGCAUAUCAUCGAUAGUGUGCUCGCCAUUCCUCAAAAUCUGUAUAUGACUGCAGUCAUGGCCAACCUGACUGCCCUGGCUGGAGCCCUCAAUGCUACCAACCUCACGGAGCCACUGAACGCUGCUUCGGACAUCACAGUAUUUGCCCCGACCACUGCAGCAUUCGAGGACAUUUCCUCUGCUCUUGCAAACUUGACCGCUGAAGACGCCGCUGGCAUUCUGGGAUACCACGUCAUCAACGGAACAGUGGCGUACAGCUCCCUCCUGGGAAACGUCUCUGUCCCAUCAUCCACAGGACAAGACCUGAACAUCACAGUCAUCGACGGCGCAGUCUUCGUCAAUGCCGCUCGCGUCAUCGCCACAGAUGUCCUCGUCGCCAACGGAGUCGUUCACGUCAUCGACGCCGUCCUCAACCCCAACAGCACUCUCACCCCUGACCCAGCCAGCGAGAGCCCAGUGGUGCAGUUCCAAGGCGCAACCGAUGAGGGUGAAGUCGCUUACACCUCUGGCCUUCCAGCUGCCACUACCGCUUUCGUGACUACUACAGCAAACGUCGCAGAGGGUUACACUGCCAUUCCGACUGAAGACCUUAAUUCUCUCACGGAAGGCGCCGCUAGUGGAACUUCCUCGGCUGGUGCUGCGAAGAUGACGGGGGCUGUCGCUGCUGCAGUUCUCUUUGGUGCGGCUGGUUUCGCUGCUCAAUUGUAAGACUUGGGCUUUUGUCCUUCUGCUUUGAUUUUUGCUUUCUUCACGACUCCGACCUACUCGGCUCCAUGGAAUGUAUCGUCGAUGACCUAGGUAGUCAGGUGGCAUAAAGUUUCCAUGAGUAGAGCUAGCUUGGGGGGAUGAGGGGAGGCCGGGUAAAGUAUUGAGAAAAAGAAAAGCAGAAGCGGGAGCAGAAGCAGAAGCAGAAGCAAGCAGUACAAUGUACGAGAAACGAUAUGGAAUAUGGGAUGGAUAUGUAUACGGCAGAGGAACAAAGGUUGUUGUUGUUGUUUAUGUAAUGUACGUUUUUGACAAGGUAUAACCAACUCCAAGU